AUGAAGUCUCUUGAAAUUCUUUCCCUUAAUACUAACAAACUACAAGGUGAGAUUCCAGUUUCCUUUGGGAAUAUAUGCACAUUGCAGGAAUUACACCUUGACAAUAACAACUUGAGUGGGGAAAUUUCAAACUUCAUUCAAAAUUCUUCAUGGUGCAACAGACACGUAUUUCAGAUUUUGGAUUUAUCUCAUAACAAGAUUGGUGGAAAUCUAGAUAAUCUUUCAAUUUGUUCAUCUUUGAGGAUGUUAGAUCUUUCCAAUAAUCAGUUAAAAGGAGAAAUACCUAAAAGCAUUGGGUUGCUAGACGAGUUGGAAGAGCUCCACCUGAAGGAGAAUUACUUUGAGGGUGAUGUUAACGAAUUGCAUCUCACAAAUUUGUCCAAAUUGGAGAAAUUAGACUUAUCAGACAACUCGUUGUCUGUGAGGUUUGGUACUACCUGGAUUCCAACUUUCCAAUUAGUUUAUUUGCGACUUGCUUCUUGCAAAUUGUGUCCUAGUUUCCCAAGUUGGUUGCAUACUCAAGGUUACUUGAACUGUCUAGAUAUUUCUGAUACUGAGAUUGAUGACUAUGUACCAGAUUGGUUUUGGAACAAGUUACAAUCUAUACGUGAGAUGAAUAUUUCUUACAACAGUCUCAAAGGAAUAACUUGUCGGGGAAUUCCAACAUGUUUGAGGAAUUUUACUACAAUGAUGGAAAAGGGAGUAGUUAAAAGUGAAGGAGUGUAUCGAGGAGGCUAUGCGAUAUAUGACUCCAAUGUGUUAUUGAUGUGGAAAGGUCAAGAGCAUAUGUAUUGGAAUCCAGAGAAUUUUCUAAAGAGCAUUGAUCUCUCUAGUAAUGAUUUAACUGGUGAAAUACCAAAAGAAGUUGGAUAUUUACUUGGAUUAGUUUCUUUGAAAUUAUCAAGAAGCAACUUAGGUGGAGAAAUUCCCUGUGAUAUCGGGAGUUUAAUUUUACUAGAAUUUCUUGACUUGUCAAGAAAUCAAUUCUCUGGAAAAAUUCCUUCUGCCCUUUCCAAAAUUGAUCGUCUGGCUGUCCUAGACUUGUCAAAUAACUUUCUAAUUGGAAGAAUCCCUUGGGGAAGGCAGUUGCAAACCUUUGAUGCCUCUAGUUUUGAAGGAGACCUUGAUCUUUGUGGUGAACAACUGAAUAAAAGUUGUCUUGGAGACAACACAACAACAAAGCCUCAAGGAGUUGCAAAUUAUGAGGAUGACAAUUCACUUUUCUAUGAAGCAUUGUACAUGAGCAAGGGGUUAGGAUUCUUCACAGACUAUAUUAUUCUAAUGGUUGAAGUGAACCCAAGUGCCGCAGGAAGCUCAAGGACUAGCAGUUACUUCUCCAAGAAACGAUUAUUUGUCAUGUUGGGAAGAAAUUAUAGCUGGUGUGCUCUGUUUAGAGUUGUAUUGCAGUACUACUCCUAUGCCUCUGUUCCCGCUACCGAGGCUAUCUAG